UACACUGCACAGCAGCAGCUUUGGGGAAAAACCCAAGGCUAAAGAGAUUUUCAAAUGGAAGAGAUUUCAAUGCUUGACCCUGAAACCCUAGAAUGUCUCCGUCUCACCUCAGCUUUUCUAGCUAUGGAACCUACUCAUUGCUUAAUUUACUUUGCCAGGGAAUGUGGGAAAGGAUUGAUCACAAACGAAGUUCAGAAUUUCAUCUGCCAGUAUUGUAUUAACAAAAUUAUGAAUGAAGAUAACCCGCCGAGUGAUUUAUAUGUGAAGAAUUUUCUAAAGAAAGUAAUUGUUGAAGUUGAAUCGAGUUCUAUUGAGGUCUUGGAUGAACUGUAUGAACACUUUUCUUAUUAUAUGACUUCAGUGAAGGAUGAUUUUGAGAGGGGAAACUCAAGGGUUUAUAAAAGAGUUUCAUUUCUUUUUCCUAAUGUCUCAAGUUGUUCAAGAGUAGAGAAAGUCGUAAUUCCGCUGCAGUGUUCAGUUAACAUGCUUGAAGGAGAUACUGGGUGUUCAAUUUGGCCUUCAAGCCUUUUCUUGUCAGAAUUCGUACUUUCACAUCCACACAUAUUCUCUAAUAAAUCUUGUUUUGAGGUUGGCUCAGGUGUUGGUUUAGUUGGUAUAUCUCUUGCUUAUGUGAAAGCCUCAAAGGUUAUACUGACAGAUGGUGAUUUGUCAACUUUGGCGAACAUGAAGCAUAAUUUAGAAUUGAACCAAUUGAAGGUGCAAACUGAGGUGUCACAGAUUGAAUGCAGACACCUUCCAUGGGAAUCUGCAUCAGAGGAAGAGCUCCAAGGAUUCAAGCCGGACAUUGUGUUGGGAGCAGAUGUGAUUUAUGAUCCAUUAUGCUUACCGGAUCUCCUUCGAGUUCUUACCAAUCUAUUGAGCCCAAGGAUAUCAAACGGUUGCACCAAAGAUAAACUUAAUGACGCAGAUGAUGAAGCACUCCUUGUUCUCAAGACAAAUUCAAAUGACUGCAAGUCAAGGGAAUCUGAUGAUCAUGGUAGCUGUAAUGGCAACAGAUUUGAUCCUUCUGAGGGCAAAUUAAAUUCUAGUAAUGAACCAAGUAUUGGAUCUCAACGUGAUGCUUCAAAAGAAAGACAGCCAGUUGCUUACUUGGCUACUGUCGUACGUAACAUGGAAACAUUCGAUUGUUUCAUGACAUUGGCAAACCAAGCCCAGCUCUCUGUUUUAGAUAUAACUGAAACCUGCAGACCACUGAAUUUGCUUCCAUACAUGCGGUCAUACGAUCGAGCAAGUAUACGGUUUUUUCGUAUCAAUUUUUCCUAAACCAACAACGAGAUAACUCGGGCGGUCAUUGUUGUAACUUGUAUGAGAAGUGUUAAAUUAUGCAACUUUGUUAUACUGAUCAAGUGUCUCCCAUAUAUCAAGGAAUUUUUGCUUUGAAUGA